AUGGAUUUGGAAAGGCUUGAUGGAGGCAAGGGAACUACUAGAGAAUGGAGUAAGACGAAAAUUGGUAAUGGCAAAAGCACAAGAAUAUGGGAGGAUAGAUGGAUACCAGAUAGUAGCCAUGGGAGGGUGACAACACAAAGACCACCAGGAUGCGGAUUGCAGAAGGUAGAGGAUCUGAUCAUUCAAAGAAGGUGGAACAGGAACCUGAUUUUCAGAAGUUUCAAUACAAAUGAUGUAGAAAAAAUACUGAGCAUUCCUAUAAGUUUAGCAGAUAGAGAAGAUAGCAAUUUUUGGAUCCACAGUCAGGAUGGCAACUACUCGGUCAGAUCAGGAUAUAAACUCCUAUCGAACAAAAAACUGGAGCAACAAGGUGAUGAUCGAGAGAAAGCCAGUACAAGCUGGAAUGCACAAAGCAAGAAGACAUGGACACAUAUGUGGAAACUUAAUCUUAAGCAAAAGGUGAAGAUAUUCUUAUGGAAAUGUUUGAAUCAGGCUUUACCAGUAAGAGAAUCCAUCACCAACAGAACUAAGAUUGGGGAUCCAUUAUGUAGACAGUGUGGAGAGGAUCGGGAGACAAUGGAAUAUGCUUUACUCAACUGCAGAUGUGUCAAACAAGUUUGGAGGAUUGCCCCAGUACAGUGGUCUAGAAUUCAUGAUCAACUAGGUAGCUUCAUUCGAUGGUGGUCUAUAAUUGCAGAAGCUAGGAAACGACCAGAUGGAGAUGAACACUUAGCUCUUACUGCUAACAUCCUCUGGCAGAUCUGGAAAAAUAGAAAUGAUGGAGAAUUCAAUGACCAAAAACAACUCCCAUGGCAAACAAUUCAAAAAGCUCAGGAGGAAUGGUUAGAGUAUAAGGAGGCCACAACAAAAGCUUCAAGAGUGAGCCCAGAAGCAUUAGCAAUGCAGGAGACUUCAUCUCAACAUCAAGAAGGAACAACAGGUGUAAUAAAGAUAAGAUUUGCCAUACAUAAGAGGCAAGACAGUCCGGACAUGGGGAUUGGAGCCACAACAAUGGAGGAUAACCAGCAUCUUAUUAAGAGCUGGGCAGCUAAGGAUAGAAGCACUGGACACCAUCACGUUGAUGAGCUGGUAGCUAUUAAAUUGCUAAUGAGCAAAGCUCUAAUGCUAAGGUGGAGGAAGAUUGAAAUGCAAAUCCAAAACAAGCAAGCUCUCAACUGCAUUUUGUCUAGGAAAUCUCAUGAUAUAAGACAGGCAACCUUGAUAGAGGACAUUUAUCAAUUAAGUUUGUUAUUUCAAAAGUGUUCCUUUUGCUUAGUUAGCAAAGAUGGUAAUCAUAUUUGUGAUAGAAUUAGCUCAUAUGCUAUAGGCAUAUUCGAAGAUGAGGAUGUUUAA